CAUGUCUCUCGCCCGCCUCGGAGGAGCGCUCUCGCGCGCACAAUGCUCGCCCCGCCCGCAGUGGCAGGCAGCCCGCGCCCUCUCCAGCGCCGCUGCGCGCGCCGCCAAAGCCGACUCUGAGCUCAACUCGGUGUCGCGGCACAUCACGCAGCCCAAGUCACAGGGCGCGUCGCAGGCCAUGCUGUACGCAACGGGCAUGAGCGAGUCGGACAUGGACAAGGCACAGGUCGGCAUCAGCUCCGUGUGGUACUCGGGCAACCCGUGCAACAUGCACUUGAUGGAUCUCAACCACAAGGUCAAGGAGGGUGUCGAGCGCGCCGGCCUACUGGGCAUGCAGUUCAACACCAUCGGCGUCAGUGAUGGCAUCUCCAUGGGCACCAAGGGCAUGCGCUACUCGCUGCAGUCGCGCGAGAUCAUUGCCGACUCGAUUGAGACCGUCAUGGGCGGCCAGUGGUACGACGCCAAUAUCUCCAUCCCCGGCUGCGACAAGAACAUGCCCGGCGUCAUCAUGGCCAUGGGCCGCGUCAACCGGCCCUCGCUGAUGGUCUACGGCGGCACCAUCCAGCCCGGCUGUGCCAAGACCCUGGAGGACCAGAGCAUCGACAUCGUCUCCGCCUUCCAGGCCUACGGCCAGUUCAUCACCGGCGAGAUCACCGAGGACCAACGUUUCGACAUCAUCCGCCACGCCUGCAACGGCCAGGGCGCCUGCGGCGGCAUGUACACGGCCAACACCAUGGCCACCGCCAUCGAGACCAUGGGCAUGUCACUGCCCGGUUCCUCCUCGAACCCAGCCAACUCCAAAGCCAAGAUGCUCGAGUGUCUCGCUGCUGGAGGUGCCAUCAAGAACCUGCUCAAGGAGGACAUUCGCCCCUCUGACAUUCUCACUCGCCAGGCCUUCGAGAAUGCCAUGGUCGUCAUCUCCAUCACCGGUGGCUCCACCAACGCUGUCCUGCACUUGAUUGCCAUCGCCGACAGUGUCGGCCUCAAGCUCACCAUCGACGACUUCCAGAGCGUGUCUGACCGCACCCCCCUCCUUGCCGAUCUCAAGCCGUCAGGCAAGUACGUCAUGGCCGACGUCCACGAUAUCGGCGGCACGCCCUCUCUGCUCAAAUUCCUCCUUAAAGAAGGCCUUCUUGAUGGCUCGCAAAUGACCGUCACUGGCCAGACUCUGAAGCAAAACCUUGAGAAAGUCAAAGACUUCCCCUCAGACCAAAAGAUCAUCCGCCCACUUUCUGAGCCCCUGAAGUCUACUGGCCAUUUGCAGAUCUUACGCGGUUCGCUCGCACCUGGCGGUUGCGUAGGCAAGAUCACUGGAAAGGAAGGGACAGUGUUUACUGGCAAGGCGAAAUGUUACGAAGCUGAGGAUGACUUCGUUGCCGCACUUGAGCGAGGCGAUAUCAAGAAGGGUGAGAAGACUGUCGUCGUCAUCAGGUACGAGGGACCUAAGGGUGGCCCCGGCAUGCCUGAGAUGUUGAAGCCGUCAUCCGCAAUCAUGGGCGCAGGCCUUGGGAAGGAUGUUGCCCUGAUCACCGAUGGACGUUUCUCUGGAGGUUCUCACGGUUUCUUGAUUGGCCACAUCGUGCCCGAGGCACAGGAAGGUGGACCUAUAGGUCUCGUUCGCGACGGUGACGAAAUCACCAUCGACUCGGAAAGCAAUGAGCUCAACGUCAACAUCAGCGAAGCGGAAUUGACAGAGAGGAGGAAGGGCUGGCAGGCGCCCCCACUCAAGUACAGCAAGGGCACGCUCUUCAAGUACGCGCGCUUCGUUAAGAAUGCUUCUGAGGGUUGUGUCACCGAUUCCGCGUAAUCGGUCUAGCCAUGACAUUUGUCUUCGUAUUUUGGAUUGUACUCGUAUACUGUCACAGUAAAAGUUAGGUUCGGAGUAAGGGUGACACUAUCUGGAGGGUUUCAAUGGCUCACGACCAAGACAAACGUAUUAUGCCGUUCCA